AGGCACAGAGAAGCAAUGCAUUUCUGGAUUUUAGCUCUGCUUGUGAGCUUAUGCUUUAACUGUCAGGGAAUCCUCGUUGACAGUAAAACCAUAAACAACGCAGAAAAUGCUUUCGACCUGAACAUGAACGAUGAGUCUGCAGCUUAUAUCUUUGAACAGAGCAAAGCAUCUGAUCAGAUAGCCAUAGACAAUAUCGAACGGGAGACCAGUCAGAAUGAACACUUUCAAAAGGCCUGGAAUAAAGCAAAUGGAGCCAUGAACUGUCAUAUCCCCAAAGGGCUGCAGAGAGAACACAUGGUCGCCGUUUAUACCUAUACGAUAUCAGGGAAGUUUUCUAGAAUAUUCAAUGACGCUGUGCAACAGUACGGAGGUAGUGACACCAUCUACGCAGAAAAGUUCAAAUUCAAAGCCUAUCAUUAUCUUCUGACAGUCACUUUGGAGAAGUUACCAAAGUUCAGCUUGAAAACAUCUUACAGAGGAAUCAACAAGAUGGCAUACGGCAAGGAAGGAUCUGAAAUGCGGUUUGGAUUCUUUGCCUCUUCCUCAUUGGAUGAAAAGGUCGCCUUCGAUUUCAUCAACAAAAACUUAACAGCAAACACGCUUUUCAAAAUCCACGACAUCGACGGUACCCUGAUUCAGGACUGUUCGGCCAACAGGACGCAGCAGGAGGUUCUCAUCCCUCCUUACAGGGUGUUUACAAUAGGAGCAUCUGAGACCGACUAUCACGGCCGCAAUAUUUCCCUCACCACCAAGCCGGAGUGGAAAGGAAUCUAUGUUCGACUAGAGACUGAUGAGAGUGGUAAUAUCAUCGUGCGACGCAGCGGUAGUGCGACAUUAAUGGCCCCGAGUGGAUUGCUCCUAGUCACAGCCCUGGUACUCGUGUCCGGGUAACGCAUCGCGAAAUUCCUCACUGCCAUCCCCGCCCUGCUUUCCCAUCUCAGGAUACUCGAUGUCUCAGUUCCUGGGAUUGCUUGAUUGUAAUGUGUCCUUAAAGACUAAUGCGAGACGCCCAAAUAGAUCAGCGUUACUUGAGAUUCGAUUCCCCUACAGUGUGGAAACAGGCCCUUCGGCCCAACCAGUCCACACCGACCCUCCGAAGGGUAACCCACCCAGUCCCAUUUCCCUCUGGCUAAUGCACCUAGUAAUCUGGACAAUUUAAAUGGCCAGUCCAGCGUAAUCUGCUCAUCCUGGGAGGAAACCUACGCAGACAUGGGGAGAAUGUGCAACUCCACACACAGACGCUUGCCCGAGGUGGGAAUUGAACCUGUGUCCCUGGUGCUGGGAGGCAGCAUUGCUAACCGCGUUCCCCCCACUUUCAGUGAUCUCCAGCCUGACUCACAGUCCAACGGGAUCACAGCGAAUUGGAACUGGUUUCCAUCCUGCGACACUAUAGUUGGCUGCCUGUCACUCAGCCAUAAAGUGCAACAGGGAGAGAGUGAGAACGGCAGAUGUUGGAGAUCAGAGUCAGGAGUGUGGGGCUGGAAACGCACUGGAUUGGGUUGGGAUAUCUGGUCAGCAUGGACAGGUUGGACCGAAGGGUCUGUUUCCGUGCUGUGUAUCUCUACGACUCAAUCAGAGCCGAGAGAGUGCAGA